UCUCUAGUAGAUUAAAUCCGUUCUUCAUCAAAUCACUCAUGAAACGAUCAUGGAGAAGUCCUUUUGUUUCAUAGAUGGCCUUCAACCUAAUAAGCAUUCUAAGAAGCUCAUGCGCCGCCAUGUGAUGAUGGGGAAAAAUGCCGGCAAGAAGAUUCAUCGACCGUCAAGGCCGGGGUUACGGAGAAAUGCUGUCGAUGUCUCGGGCUCUUCACAUGGUUCCGGGAACCUCAACCAAGAAAGCGUUUAAUCAGAUGAGAGAACAGGGCCUUUGAAGAAUUUAGGGGAUACAAUGCUAACACUCUCCCUUCCUACAAUGGGAAUCACACCAUAUUCGUUGAAAAUCAUUAACAAGUGUAAGAAUAAAUUCAUGAAACGGUUUUUUAAUGAAUCUGAUGCACUCUUGUUCAGUCUUUUGUUUAACGACCGAGCGGCUAUAUCCUGUCACUCUUGGUUUUUCGUUAGACGACGUCAAGCUGAUGUGGCUUCGGGUAUUAUUGACUGACGAAGCCAGUUACCAUUGCAACGUGGGAUUGAUGCAAGCGUGCAAUGAAAUAUUUUCGGGCGAUGGCAAUAGCUCGCUGAAAGCAUUACAUCAUCUAUCUCAGACGCUCACCCGAGUCCAGAGGAGACUUGGAAGUGAUGACGCAUUGUCUGAUUCUUCUAUAGCGCUAGUGGUGUCACUGAUUAGCCAAGAGCAAAUCAGAAAUCAGCUUUGUGCUGCGGAAAUCCAUGCCAAAGGUUUGGAAAAAAUGAUUCAGCUCCGCGGAGGACUUGGCUCACUUGAAGGAAACAUGCCCCUCGUGUUGAGCAUCUGCAAGGCAGAUAUAAUGCUUUCCUUGCAGCAUGGAAAGUCCACUAUGUACUUUCGAGACCGCAUGGCUGAAGUUCGAAAUCUUCUCAUCUCAAAAGGAUUGCGACUCGACUACCCGUUAACCUCACAACCAGCUCGAUAUAAUCAGCUGUACCCAUCUCUACAAGGCAUAUUUUCCGACGUGAUAAGCUUUUGUCGCCUUCUAAACGCCAAAACACAUAAUCUCGUAAUCGAUUUUCUCACAUUCGAGGAAGUUUUAGUGUCAAUUUGCUACCGCCUAUUGAAUUUCCGCUCAUUAAAUGAAUCUAGGAAAUAUUCUGAUGUGCAAAAUAUAUACCACGUGGGGUUGAUAGUUUUUAUGAUGACGACAUUUUUACAGUUUAAUCGUCACAGGAUUAUGAACCACAGGUUGCUCUCUCUGUGCCUGAGGGAUGUUAUGGACACUGAACUGCACCGAGAUGAGGAUGAUUUGACUCUUUGGUUCAUGAUUAUUGGUGGUAUUUGGAUUUCAGAUGGCGCUGAAGGCGGCUGGAUCAACCAAAGGAUACAGAAAAUGGCUGUACGACGGCGUAUUAACACCUGGGAUGAAGCCAGACGUUCUGUGUGUAUGUUUCCUUGGGUCCAUGCUUUACACGAUCAGCCUGGUUGCAAGCUAUGGAGCCUAGUACAAAAUAGCCACUAGGUGC